AUGGCUCCAGCAACGGAGAGGACAGGAUUUGGUCGUGGCAAAGGACGAGGAAGGGGCCAUAAGGAGGAGAAGGAAGAUACUUGGGUUCCAGUAACAAAACUUGGAAGACUUGUUAAAGCAGGAAAAAUUCGUUCAAUCGAGGAAAUUUAUCUUUAUUCUCUUCCUAUCAAGGAAUAUCAGAUUGUUGAUUGGUUUUUGCCUAAAUUGAAGGAUGAAGUAUUAAAAAUUAUGCCAGUUCAAAAGCAAACAUGUGCAGGACAGAGGACUCGAUUUAAAGCAUUUGUUGUAGUUGGAGAUUCAAAUGGGCAUGUAGGUCUUGGUGUAAAAUGUUCUAAGGAAGUGGCUAUUGCUAUACGUGGGGCAAUUAUUCUUGCCAAAUUAUCAGUAAUUCCAGUUCGUCGAGGAUAUUGGGGAUCUUCUUUAGGAGAUCCUCAUACUGUUUGUGUAAAAGUGAGUGGAAAAUGUAGUUCAUCGAUGUGCCGUCUUGUUCCUGCACCUCGAGGAACAGGUAUUGUUGCUGCACCUACUCCUAAACGCCUUCUUCAAUUUGCUGGUAUUCAGGAUUGUUAUACAUCAUCUCGUGGAGCUACGCGAACUCUUGGAAAUUUUGUUAAAGCUACGUUUAUAGCUAUUGGGAAUACUUAUAGUUUUUUGACACCUAAUUUAUGGAAAGAAAUUCCUUAUACAGCAACUCCUUAUGAAGAGUUUUCGGAUGUUCUUAUGCAAACUGAAAAAGUUAGAUAUUGAUCUAAUUAAUUUUAUCUCAAUAUAUAAGG